AUGGGCAUCGAGGACGCGAGCAUGAGGAACGGACGGGCUCUGUCCGAUCAGUGGGCCGACAGCGUGGUGGUCCGGCCCCGGACGACCGAGCAGCACAUCACGGUGAACAAGAGGCUCGUGCUGGGCUUCGCCAUCUCCAUCCUCACCCUCAUCGUCGUCACGGCCAUCGCCAUAACGCUGAGCCAACAGCAAGUGGAAACAGUCCGGGACGCUAACAUCAGUCACAGAGACUCGGAGGACGGCCAGCAGCCCUGGAGACACCUGCGCUUACCGGCCACCCUGCGCCCGCGCCACUACGACCUCCGCCUGACCGCGUCCAUGGAGAACUUCACCUUCUCCGGGGAGGUGCGCGUCGAGUUUGAGUGCGUUCAGUCCACGAAGCUGAUCGUGCUGCACGCGGACCGGCUGGAGGUGGACAAGGUGCUGGUGUACUCGGACAGCAAGAAAGCGGGCGCCAUGAGGAUCCAGCGCCGCUUCCACUACCAGCCCAAGCAGGUGUAUGUGAUCGCGCUGCACAGAGAGAUGAAGCCCCUCAGAACAUACAAGAUCAACAUCACUUUCCACGCGCACAUCGAGCACGAGCUCCUGGGCUUCUUCCGCAGCUCCUAUGUGCUGAACGGAGAAAGAAGGUUUCUGGCGGUGACGCAGUUCUCCCCGACUCACGCUAAAAGCUUUCCGUGUUUCGACGAGCCCAUCUACAAAGCCACGUUCAGAGUGAGUCUGAAACACGAGAGCUCGUAUCAGUCGCUCUCUAACAUGCGGUGGAGGCCUCGACGACGCCCGCAUGUCCACGUACUACCUGGCCUGGGCGUGUGCAACUUCACCUACAGAGAAGCAGUUACAGACAGUGGAGUUGUGAUUCGGCUGUACGCCAGGCCUGACGCCAUCCAGAGCGGAUCGGGGGACUACGCUCUGCACAUCACCAAGAGACUCCUUCAGUUUUACCAGGAUUACUUCAAAGUCAAAUAUUCCCUCCCUAAAUUAGAUCUGCUGGCGGUGCCGAAGCAUCCGUACGCAGCCAUGGAGAACUGGGGCCUGAGUGUGUUUGUGGAGCAGAAGAUCUUGUUGGAUCGUGACGUCUCCUCCUUCUCCUAUCAGAUGGAGCUCACCAUGGUGGUGGUGCACGAGAUCUGUCAUCAGAAGAAAGAAAGUGAUACAGGCUUGACAAUCGGCACAUAUCCAGCUAAUGAGAAGCACCAGAGGUGUAUUUCCAGAGGGGCGUCUCGAGUCGGCAGCCGCCCGCUGAAGGACGCCGCAGACAUCGGGCCUGUGGGGAUUCCACAGAAAUGUGACGCCCUUCGCUGGAUUUCAGGUCUCUGUGAGGAGACGUCAGACACGCGUUUUCUGAUGCUUUUCCUUCCAUGCUGGUGCAUGACCCGCGUUACAAGAGCAGAUAACACAGCAUGA